AGCCAUGUUGGUCUGGCUCAAGGGCCACCGCGGAUAGAGGUUUGAACUGACUCGUCCUUUAUAUAAAUUACCUAUCUAUUCAUUUGCGUCACGUGUCGCCUCCACCCUCUCGGGAUGCCAUGCUUGAGAUAUCUCGCGGUAUCACUUUUGCUGCUCGGUGACGCCCAAGCUGUGCAGCUAGGCGCUGACGGCCCAAUCGGAUCGAGGUGGCCCACAGUCUUACAGGGGUUCAACCAAUGGCUAGAGGGAGCCAACUCUAGCGGUGAGCCCGAGCGGACGCAGGUUGCCCAGAUUGACCAACCGAGUCCGACGCCGAGUCCGACGUGUCUGAUGACUGGACCGAACCCAUGGCCAUUGGAUUGCACGUGCUCGAAUUGGGCUCAGGGAGACGGCAAUGGCGGAAGCUUCACGUAUGUGGGACAAAUCGAUACGUGCGAAGAGUGUUUGUUCGCGGUUAUGCGGAUGUACCCCAACGCCGACGGGGUCACAUUUCGGGCUCCUGGCUCAAGCACAUCGAUGCUUGGUGAGUGCUUCGCCGACCACAUCUGGAGGUACCCAAACGGGGACCCAAGUUGGAUUACUAUCCCACUUCCCAAAUGGAUGACUCUCCCUCCGACGCCAGGUCCGACGGCACCGACUAUGAGCCCGACUGCCAGCCCGACGCAAGCGCCGAGCCCACGUCCGACGGCAGUGCCGACCGCCGGCCCGGUGGCACCUCCACCAUGGGGAGCCGCGGUCGGCAUCGCCGGCGGCAUAGCUCCAGUGGCACCACCGACGGCAACGCCGACUGGCAGCCCGACGGCGACGCCUACUGCAGUACCCACUGCAGCACCGACUGCCAGCCCGACGGCGACGCCCACUGCGAGUCCGACGAUAGCACCGACCGCCACCCCGACGGCGACCCCGACUGCCAGCCCGACGGCAGCGCCAACUGCCAGUCCGACGGCAGCGCCAACUGCCAGUCCGACGGCAAUGCCGACUGCCAGUCCAACGGCGUCGCCGACUGCCAGCCCGACGGCGACUCCGACCGCCUACCCAACGACAGCGCCAACUGCCGGUCCGAUUGUACCCUCACCCAUGGCAUCGAGCGCCGCAGGCUCAGUGGUAACGAGUGCGGGCGCGGUCGGAUCCGUGGCUGCCGUGGGCGAUCCGCACUUGCAGAACAUCCACGGUGAGCGGUUCGAUCUGUUGCAGCCAGGUAAGCACGUCUUGAUUCAGAUUCCAAGGGGGGAGCUUGUCGAGAACACGAUGCUUCGUGUAGAUGCUGAGGCAAGCCGAAUGGGUGGAUCAUGCACCGAUAUCUACUUCCAGGAUCUGAAUAUCACAGGGGCCUGGGUGACGACAGAGCAGAAGCAAGCCGGCGGUCUGCGUUUCAAGGCCCAGGAUGUGGACGACAUCAGCUCGGAUUGGGUCAAGUUCGGGAAGGUAGAAUUGAAAGUUGCACAUGGGCGCACACAGGAGGGCACCCGGUACCUGAACUUGUACGUCAAGCAUCUUAAGCGUGCGGGGUUUGCCGUCGGAGGGCUGCUAGGAGAAGAUGACCACGAGGAGGCGGCCAUGCCAUCGGAGACAUGUGUUCAGCGCCUGUCGCUUAUUCAGGGGUCUUUCUGAGUUGUCGAAGCGCAUGUACUGUCUCCGUUCCGACGAAGAUGCCUUCUGCGAAUCCGUUACGCAUCAGCGUGCGAGCAGCCUCAGCCGCGACACGAUCAGUGUGUUAUGGGCAACUUUCGGCACAGGUGGAGCCUUAGAAGUCUAGUCAGUCCUGGCGCGUCGGCGGGGCGCUGCUGGCCAGGCCAGGCUCCGAGGCGCUUCCGGGCGCGCGAGCGAGUGAACUUGUGAGGUGCAACAGCGGGUGAGUCUGUCAAGCAUUUGUGCACGUGAGCUCUUACUCAGCCGGUGUGCGCGACGUUUCGCUCUUGCUUGCGCGACGUUUCGCUCUUGCUCCCCGACGUGCUUGCACUCACGCCAGUGCCCGCGGCCUCCCGCCGCAGAGGCGCGAACAGCGAAGGCGCCUGCCGUUGAGUCGGGCAUGUCCCUCUACGGGAGGAAGGUUCAAGAAUGGGGGAAAGUAGUCCAGUGGCGAUUGUUCGUGUUUCUUUGAGCAUGCCUUGACUAUCUCUAAUCGUUUCUUCCCAAGUCCGUCGGUCUGAGGACAUGCCCGGCCUGAGCUUGCCGCAGCCGGUUGGCCGAGCGCUCGCGAUUCCGAGGGGGGCAGGGCUCCGAGGCACCGGCGCGGCGCCGCGGGAGGCGCAGCGCGUUGCCGGCCCUCUGAGCAGAGGCCUCGGGGCUCACGCCGCCUGGGGCAGGCGCCAGCAGCCGCUAGCGGGCUUCAGCCAUUCCCCUCUGGCUGGCUCAGGUUUGGUAGCCACGUGGGGCCGAUUCCCCCUUUCCCCGCAGACGGGCCAACGGCGAUGUAGGCAACGGCGAUGUGGGGUUCGGUAUGGUGGGAGCGCGUGGCUCGCGCUUUCCUGCAAUUCGCCGUGUCGUGUUCGCUCCAGCCCUUCGCGGAUGGGAAGUGCAGGGAGGUGUGGCUGUGAUGUUCUACACCUUGGUUCCCAACAUCACUGUUCAGAGGAGGA